AGAAUACAACGGGAUUGGAACCUUUCACUUUUGAGUGACACGAGGUUCUUUGACAAUCUCGAUGACGCUCUUCACUCUUCCUGAUUGUGCCUUAUAAUUUCGGGACGGAGCUGAGGAAUGUAUUUUGAAUAAAUGACAAUGUUUUCAUUAUGCAAUUCGAAAAUAAGCAAUCAAAUUCACGAGGAUACUUGUUAUGUUGGCAAUUAAAGCAAAUAAUUUACUUCCUCUGAAACUGGGAGAUCCUCAACUUGCAUAACAGUCUGUGAUCGUCAACUGAGUGAGAUGAACAUUCCGUAAAGAUAGAGGAAAUAAAAUUCACCAAAAUUUAUAUACAAGGUUAAAGAUAGUGUAAUACUAUAUUUUGAAAAAAAAAAGAAGAAAACAUGAAUGAAACCAAGGAUAAUACGGUACGAGUGGUCUUUAUAUCCUUAUUGCUGGAUCUUCUAGCAUUUACAAUGAUACUGCCACUACUGCCAGCUCUAUUGGACCAUUAUAAGGAGAUAGAAAAAGAACAUGGAUUGUACUCCAUUAUUAUGAAUCGUAUGAAGAGCAUACAAAUAUUCUUUGACGCACCAGAUAAAGUCAGCACAGUUCUUUUUGGAGGUUUUCUAGGAUCUAUGUACUCCUUCUUACAAUUUUUGGGUUCACCAAUCAUAGGAGCAUUAUCAGAUAUUUAUGGACGAAAAUCUUUGAUGUUACUUUGUUUGAUUGGCAUCUCAUUCUCUUAUCUUUUAUGGGCUCUGUCUGCAAAUUUUGGUAUAUUUGUAUUGGCCAGAUUUGUAGGUGGCAUUAGUAAAGGAAACAUCAGUCUGGCAAUGGCUAUUAUUAGUGAUGUUACAUCUCCGAAAAUGAGAGGAAAAGCGAUGGCACUUGUAGGAAUAGCCUUUUCCAUCGGUUUUGUUGUGGGACCAAUGAUAGGGGCAUUUUUUGCAUGGAUUUCCAGUAAUAAUAGAGAAGGCACAUGGUACGUGAUACCAGCACUAUUUGCGCUCUUCCUUGCCUUAAGCGACUUAUUUUUUGUUACUUACUACCUAAAGGAAAGUUUGUCGUUAAAACAUAGAGCUACCACUUUGGCAAAAGGAUUAUCUGGGGCAAUUUCUUACAUUAAUCCUGUUGAUCUCUUCCAAUUUAAUGGAGUCUUGAACUUGAGUCGGCAAGAUCAACAAGAUUUGAAGAUAUUGGGCCGAGCAUAUUUUAUAUAUCUUCUUAUAUACAGUGGUUUGGAGUUUACUCUGACAUUCUUGACUCAUCAUACAUUCGGAUUUACGAGUAUGCAACAAGGCUGGAUGUUUCUUGGGAUUGGACUGAUUAUGGCAGUUUUACAGGGUGGAUGGGUACGACAUAUACCUCCGAAUAAAACUAAAACCAUCAGCGAACUGGGUUUAUGGUUAAUAAUUCCCGCAUUUAUAUGCAUCGGUGUUGCUUCCAAUGUACAGAUGUUGUGUAUCGGGAUUUUUCUUUUCGCAGUUUCCACUGCGAUGGUUGUGACGUGUGUGAUGACUUUGGUGACGCGUAUUGGACCCGAACAUCAGAAGGGUGUGAUCACUGGUAUAUUUCGAUCCCUGGGUGCACUGGCUCGUGCUUGCGGACCUAUUAUCGCCUCUUCAGCAUUUUGGUGCAUUGGAAGUGCCACAACAUAUUUAACUGGGGCUCUAUUCCUCACGCUACCACCCUUGAUUUUGCAUAGCAUGCGUACUUUAUAAUAUUUGACAUACUCAAAUGUUAUGCCAU